AUGUCUGAUUUUUCAUCUAGUUUCCAAGCCCAAUUGAAGCAGAUUGACUUUAAACUUUCCAAUAACAGAAUCUUACAAAAACUUGAGCAACAACUGCACUUACCUAAGUCAUACAUUGUUGUUGGUGGAUCAUUUGCAUACCUAUUGUUAAUCUUUAUCAAUGUUGGUGGUAUUGGUGAAAUCAUGUCCAACUUUGCCGGAUUCGUUAUCCCUACCUAUUUGUCCUUAAUUGCCUUAAGAACCCCAAGUCCAGAGGAUGAUACCCAGUUAUUGACUUACUGGAUAAUCUUUGGGUUUUUGAGUGUCAUUGAAUUUUGGUCCGCUGCCAUUAUUUAUGUGAUCCCCUUUUAUUGGUUUUUGAAGACAAUCUUUUUAAUUUACAUUUCCUUACCAGCCACAGGAGGUGCUAAGUUAAUCUACACUAGUUUUGUUGGUCCAUUGACAGACAAAUACAUUUUUGGUAGAGCAGGUAUGAGAGGUACAGCUGCCACAGCAAAGAAGCACGAUAUUAGAUCUGCUGUGGAUGAAGCCAGCGAAUCUAAAGGUAAGAAAGCUACUGGGUUUGCCAAGCAUUGA